ACCCGUUACAUGUGGGUUGUAAUCAUGCUGAAGAUAUUCUAGCUGGAUGCGCUUGCGCUUUUACCGGCAUCUGCUAGCUACCAUCAGAGCAGUGCGCUAUAAGAAGAUCAACAGAGCUCGACUAUUGUUUGGACUAUGCAUCGCUUGCUGUUUGUUGUUUUAUAUCCUGUUCUUUGUCAUACUUGCUGAUGGUACAAUAAUUGACUACCAGUACCUUGGGGCGGUGGAUGAAUCGGUUCUGAAGAACAGAGUGGACUUCCAUGAGGUGAUGAUUGAUCGAGUGUGCUCGAAAACAACAGCUCGAUGCUACAAUAUCUUCGAUAGGAAACUCAGCAAAGAAGGCGCUGUAGAGGUGGUCGAGCGUCAGCUGUUCGUGGAGGGGUUCGCAGAAGAUUCUGAUACUGCUGUGCGACUGAUAGCUCCAAGAGGCGAACUCUUCGACGAUUCCGAUACAAGGAUUUGGCAAAUAGACCAUUUCGACAUUCGAUCUCAAUAUGUUGCUGGUAUGCUAGUCGCGCCCUUCCUAGUGUCAGCCCUUUCUACUGAUUCAUCGGAUGUGGGCAAGACAGUGCUAGAAAUUGGAUUGGGUGGCGGAAGUUUUGAUAUGUUUUUACAUAAACUUAAACCAAAGGUCAACAUAACUGCUAUUGAGUUAGAUUCAGUUGUUGUUGAAACAGCAAAGAAAUGGUUCGGCGUCGUUGAAGAAGAAAAUCACCGCGUGAUUGUCCAAGAUGGUCUUGAGUACUUGAAAGAAGCUAGCAAACGUGGGAAGAAAUCUGAUGUCAUAGCCUUGGAUGCGUGUGAUGAAGCCAUUAGAUCGCCGUGCCCUGCUAAAGUCUUUCGUGAUGUGGAAGUGAUCGAGAGGCUCAAAAAUGCUCUCACCCCUACAGGUUGUCUUAUCGUCAACGUACUUUCUGAAGAUGCUGAUGAGACGCCUACAAGUGCACAAAAGAUAGCCAAUCUAUUCUACUCAGUAUUCCCGACAUGUAUCCGAAUGAAAAUGGUGAAGGAGACAAAUGUGAUUCUCUUGUGUAUGCCGUAUGCUAUAUCCAAUGUGCGACAGCAAAUCACAUUUUACAAUAGUAGACUAAAGACAGUCACGUCGUAUUUGAAGUUAGACAACAUAUUUGAUAAGAUCUCUAUUGCUUAGUGCCUCAGUUAAUGCCAUCAUAUUGGGUCACGGCGAGAGUUUUCGUUUUUCUAUCCUGUUUCUGAAAUGUCAAUUCUUGCUCAUCAGCAGCCGGU